UAAUAUCCCUUUUAUUUAUAUUCGCAGUCUCUAUCUCUCUGCAACAACACUCUUCACUCUGACACGGGAGCCUCAGAGAAACAGCCUUGGCGGAGAGAAAACAAAAAGGAAAAAAAAAAAAAAAAGAAAAAGAAAAAGAGAGAGUAGAUCUAGAGAGGAAGAAUAGAAGAGUUUCUGUCACUAAAGAAUCAAUCACCAUGUGCCCUACAAAGCAAAAGAACCGGAAAUCAACCACCGAACACGCCCCAAAAUGUUCCUCCAAUACAACUCCCGAUUGGAUCACCGAAACAAUCAACGGCGGAUCCCUUCGCCACGUUGACCUCCACACCGGAGUUAACGGCUGGGCUUCACCACCUGGGGAAGUCUUCUCCCUUCGCUCAAAAAAUUACUUCACGAAACGACAAAAAUCGCCUGCCGGUGAUUAUUUACUCUCCCCUAUCGGCAUGGAUUGGCUCAGGUCCAGUACCAAACUCGACAACGUACUCGGUCGCCCCGACAACCGUGUAUCUCACGCGCUCAGAAAAGCGCAAUCUAUGGGUAAAUCAUUGAAGAGCUUCAUUUUUGCUGUUAAUCUUCAAGUUCCUGGCAAGGAUCAGCACAGCGCUGUGUUUUAUUUUGCAACCGAGGAUCCUAUCCCGGCUUGUUCGCUACUUUAUCGAUUUGUUAACGGAGACGACGAAUUUAGGAACCAGCGGUUUAAGAUCGUGAACAGGAUCGUGAAAGGGCCGUGGGUCGUGAAGAAAACGGUGGGAAAUUACAGUGCGUGUUUGUUAGGGAAAGCUCUGACGUGUAAUUACCAUAGAGGACCUAACUAUUUGGAGAUUGACGUGGACAUCGCUAGCUCGACCAUCGCCUCUGCGAUUUUGCACCUAGCGUUGGGUGCCGUCAACAGCGUUACGAUAGACAUGGGGUUUCUGGUGGAGGCGCAAUCAGAGGAUGAGUUGCCGGAGAAGUUAGUUGGUGCAGUUAGGGUUUGCCAGAUGGAAAUGUCUUCCGCAUUUGUAGUUGAUGCGCCGCAUGUUGUCACAAAUGCGCGUGGGUUGGGUCCUGCCAAGGUUAAUCAUCAUGAAUCCGGUGAAUUCGACGACGACGAUGGCCAAAAAACAGAUGAAAAAUGUUGACAAUUCUUUUUUUUUAACAAAUAAUUUUCCUGGGAAUGAAUCUUUCCAUCUUUCGUUUAUUUCAGAAAUUUACUGUGAUUUAGGCUCCCUUUCUUACGAGGACGAGUGGCUGUAGGUAAUAAAACGGUAAGCAAGUAACAACAAAUAACAAUCAGCAAUGUUGAAAAAAUACUAAGAAAAUUUUUAAUGGAAAUAUUAUAAUUCUGUGUUAUUA